AUGGAAAUGCAGCCCGCUAACACUGCUGAGAACCCUCAGCAAGUGCCAAAGAAAGAUCUUGAUCUGGUAGAGAGCAGCGAGGCUGGUAAGCCUUCGACAUAUGCCGACAUAGUUGCCUCUGGCCUCUCAGCGGCCCAUCGUGAUUUUUUGUUGGAGCGCCAUGGGACACUGGAGCUGGACCCCAUGCCUAGCAUGGACCCCGCGGAUCCUUACAACUGGCCAUCUUGGAAGAAAAUCGCAAAUCUUAUUCUAGUGGCGUUCCACGCUUGCAUGGGGACGUUUGCUGCUGCUGGUAUCAUCCCUGCUUAUGAAACGAUCUCUGAAAUGUUCGGCGUCUCCCUCACUCGAGCGAGCUAUUUGACUUCCCUUCAAAUUGCUAUUCUCGGUGGUGCGCCUUUAUUCUGGAAGCCCCUUUCAAAUCGAUAUGGCCGGCGGCCGGUUUUUCUCUUUUCUUUGAUCUGCAGUUUGGUGUGCAAUGUCGGGUGUGCAAAAUCCCCUGAUUAUGCCUCACUUGCGGCGUGCAGAGCUUUGCAAGCAUUCUUCAUCUCGCCAGCAUCAGCCAUCGGGAGUGGUGUAGUGAUGGAGACAUUUUUCAAGCAGGAUCGAGCCAAGUACAUGGGUGUCUGGACACUGCUACUUACCCUUGGAAUUCCUUGCGGACCGUUCAUUUUCGGUUUCGUUACCUACCGUGCCGGUUACGUAUGGAUCUAUUGGGUCCUAGCGAUCAUCAACGGAGGCCAGUUUAUUUUGUACCUCUUUUUCGGACCCGAAACACGCUAUGUCGGCAGCAAUGAAGACCCUAAGGAGCCUGCGUGGAAGAGAGAGUAUCUCAAGGUCCGACGGAUUGAUCCGACCCCUAUUCACUGGACCGAGUUCAUCAAGCCGCUGGGACUAUGCGCCCGUCCAUGCGUUAUGAUACCCGCCGCGGCGUAUUCCAUGGUUUUCCUUCUCAGCAAUGUUCUGGCCACUGUUGAGGUACCGCAUUUGUUGCAAGCGAAGUUCGAACUCAAUGCAGAGCAACUAGGCCUGCAAUUCUUGGGCCCGAUUAUUGGUUCCCUCAUCGGUGAACAGCUAGGCGGACGCAUGUCUGAUCUUUGGAUGAAUACGCGUGCGAAACGGGCAAAUCAGAAACCAGAGCCAGAAUUCCGUCUUUGGCUCAGCUACUUCGGCUAUGCCUGCUCCAUCGUUGGUAAUAUUGUCUUCCUUGUUUUCACUGAGCAGUCCAAGCAAGGGAAGUGGAACGUGGUCCCAAUCGUCGGUAUUGCCAUCGGAGCUGCCGGUAACCAACUGGUAACAACCGUUCUCAUCACGUAUGCGGUAGACUGCCACCCAGACGAUGCUUCGGCCGUCGGUGUGUUUAUCACGUUCGUCCGUCAGAUCUGGGGUUUUCUCGGUCCGUUUUGGUUUCCGGGGAUGUUUGAGAAUGUCGGUAUUGCAGCAAGUGCCGGUGUAUGUGUCGCGCUCAUGGUUGGGGUCAGUGUUCUGCCGACAAUUGGAAUUCAGUGGAAAGGACGUUCUCUUCGCCCAGCAUCGGAGUAA